CGCCUCCCCCGCCCGAGAUCUGCGCGCUCCGCCGCAGGGUGCAGAUCGGGGGCGCCCGCCUGGGUUUGGGGCGCAAGAGCAGAGGUGGAGCCAGGGCGGAGCCAGCGCGCCCCGUCCCCCCCCUUUCCAAUCGAAAGCGAAACGGAGGGCUGGAAAGGAAGGGCGGAGCCGGCCUGGAGGCCCCGCCCCCUGCCCUGAGAGGCAGCUGGACAGACGGGCGCGCCCAGGUAGGGGGGCGCUGAGCGCCCAGUGCGGACCCUCGCGGGGACCUGCGCCGCCACCAUGUCUCAGGAAGGUGUGGAGCUGGAGAAGAGCGUCCGGCGCCUCCGGGAGAAGUUUCAUGGGAAGGUAUCCUCCAAGAAGGCGGGGACUCUGAUGAGGAAAUUUGGCAGCGACCAUACCGGAGUGGGGCGCUCCAUCGUGUACGGGGUAAAGCAGAAAGAUGGACAGGAACUGAGUAAUGACCUGGAUGCCCAGGACCCCCCAGAGGACAUGAAGCAGGACCGGGACAUCCAGGCGGUGGCGACCUCGCUCCUGCCACUAACAGAAGCCAACCUACGCAUGUUCCAACGUGCCCAGGAAGACCUCAUCCCUGCUGUGGACCGGCAGUUCGCCUGCUCCUCCUGUGACCAUGUCUGGUGGCGCCGCGUGCCCCAGCGGAAGGAGGUGUCCAGAUGCAGGAAAUGCCGGAAGCGCUACGAGCCGGUGCCCAGUGAAAAGAUGUGGGGCGUGGCUGAGUUCCACUGCCCGAAAUGUCGGCACAACUUCCGGGGCUGGGCACAGAUGGGGUCCCGGUCCCCCUGCUACGGGUGCGGCUUCCCCGUGUAUCCGACACGGAUCCUCCCUCCACGCUGGGACCGGGACACAGAUCGCCGCAGCACCCACACCCACUCCUGCUCCGCUGAGGACUGCUACAAUCGGCGAGAGCCCCACGUGCCUGGGACGUCCUGCGCACACCCCAAGAGUCGGAAGCAGAACCACCUGCCCAAAGUCCUGCACCCCAGCAACCUCCACAUCAGCAGUGGCUCCACUGUGGCCACCUGCCUGAGCCAGGGGGGACUCCUGGAAGACCUGGACAACCUCAUUCUGGAGGACCUGAAGGAGGAGGAGGAAGAGGAGGAGGAGGAGGGCAGGCACGGGGAGUGACCCCU